CUUAGCUUCAUUAGCACUUUUGAAUUUGUUCUUAAGUUAUCAAAUAAUUUACUGUUUCUGUUUACACAAUAUGCUUGUAAUACUUUACGGAAGUUAAUACAUCUCACUUCAAACAAGUUAUUACCGAGACCAAAUGAAUACUAAAGAAAACGCCUAUCGGUUGAUUGUUUUGAUUUGCCUUCCAUGUGUCUCAGUAGUAGCAGCAUGGGCUCAGCUCUGAUCGACCUGUUGCAGCGUGUGUGCGUGGGUCUGUUCUUCCCUUGCCCUGCUCCGUACUCUGUCUUGUUCCUUCUCAUCAUCCAUCCAUGUCUCCAGCUCGGGCAGGCGUGUGGUCCCAGAGCCGAGAACGGAAUGAGCACAGAUACACUAAUGCUAUGCAGAGCUUGUGGUUAUGAAGUGGCUAAUGGCUCAGACAUCCGCUUUGUGCCUAGUCGUCUCACUUUGUCCAGCCAUAAUGACACACUGCCCGGAGGGAGGAGAAUCGGCGUGCAGCUCUUUGAAAACCCACAUGGAAGGCAGUUUGAGGUGAUCACGUUCAGGAGGGCAGACGUGACCCUGCACUGGCCUGCCGAUGGGCACUUCUCAUUUUUCCCGGGGUUCGCGUGGACCAUAGCCACUUGCCCGCACUGCAAAGCUCACCUAGGUUGGGGGUUCCAGCCGGACCACUGGCCUUCCACAGUCUCUGCAUCCCGAUUUGAAGAAUCCCAAAACACAUUUUUGGGUCUGAUAGCACACGCACUUUUAACAGAGGAGUUUGCCUCAAGUCUUUUAAUGAUUCCUAAAUCAUUCGUCAGCUGA